AGAGUGAGGAAGAGAGUUGGUUGGGCCUAACGGGAGAAGCCCAGCGAGUGAAGGAAAAGAGAAGAGAAGAGAAGAGGGUUCUGUUUGGGUGGCACAUUAUCAUCCAUCAAACACAGAAGUGCGAAUCGGAAAGAACAGAGUAGAGAGUGCGGUGUCAAUGGCGGCGAGUAGAAGCACUUUACCUCUCAUCAAAUACCUGAGAGUGCGCGUCGACGCGCUUCCCCGCAACUCUCCCUUAACCCUCGCUCCCAACUUCUUCAUUCGUCGCUUCUGCGAAGAGGUUCGUGGCGGCUUCCUCGACAAAUCCGAGGUCACAGAUCGCGUCAUCUCCUGCGUCAAAAACUUCCAGAAAGUCGAUCCUUCCAAGGUUAACCCAAAUGCGCACUUCCAGAAUGACCUUGGAUUGGAUAGUUUAGAUGCUGUAGAGAUCGUGAUGGCUCUUGAGGAAGAGUUUGGGUUUGAGAUUCCCGAUACUGAGGCUGACAAGAUCAACUCUAUUAAACUUGCUGUCGACUUCAUUUCAUCUCAUCCUCAGGCAAAGUAGUGGAAUCCGUGUAUAAUUUUUCUUUUGUUUCUCAUAAUCUAGUUUAGACGCGUCAGACAUUUUUGCUUCUAAAGUGGAAUUUCAUUUUCUUAUCCCUCAGAAGAGUGUUAGCUGAGGAUGUGCCUGCUUCCUUUGGUAGUAUUGGCAUUACAGAACUUCACAUUUUGUGUUCCUCUGGUGUUCGUGUCAAUAAGAAUUGUGUGUUAAAUUUCUGAUCAGGAAAUUGUGAGGUCUUGAGUUUGCCUCAGCAUCGGAUUCAUUGGGCUACUUUCUUUUGCUUUGUUUUAUUACUUCUUCUAUAAUAGUUUCGCUCAUGUUUA